UUUUUUUCUUUUCUUUUCUUUCUUUUUUUUUGGGGGGGGGGUCUCAAGUAGGAGGCCUCCCCACCACCCCCACCCCAACCCCCCACCACCCCCGGCUUAAGCAGCUACCAUGGCCCAGGUGGCCAACGCGGCGUUGUCCCAGGCGGGUUGGUAUCUUUCAGAUGAAGGCAUUGAAGCUUGCACAAGCUCUCCUGACAAAGUCAAUGUAAAUGACAUCAUCCUGAUUGCUCUCAAUACAGAUCUGAGAACAAUUGGCAAGAAAUUCCUCCCCAGUGACAUCAAUAGUGGAAAGGUAGAAAAGCUCGAAGGUCCAUGUGUUUUGCAAAUUCAAAAAAUUCGCAAUGUUGCUGCACCAAAGGAUAACGAAGAAUCUCAGGCUGCACCAAGGAUGCUGCGAUUGCAGAUGACUGAUGGUCAUAUAAGUUGCACAGCAGUAGAAUUUAGUUACAUGUCAAAAAUAAGCCUGAACACACCACCUGGAACUAAAGUUAAGCUCUCAGGAAUUGUUGACAUAAAAAAUGGAUUCCUGCUCCUGAAUGACUCUAACACUACAAUUCUUGGUGGUGAAGUGGAACACCUUAUUGAGAAAUGGGAGUUACAGAGAAGCUUAUCAAAACACAAUAGAAGCAAUAUUGGAACUGAAGGUGGACCACCUCCUUUUGUGCCUUUUGGACAGAAGUGUGUAUCUCAUGUCCAAGUGGAUAGCAGAGAACUUGAUCGAAGAAAAACAUUGCAAGUUACAAUGCCUAUCAAACCUACAAAUGAUAAUGAUGAAUUUGAAAAGCAAAGGACGGCUGCUAUUGCUGAAGUUGCAAAGAGCAAAGAAACCAAGACAUUUGGAGGAGGUGGUGGUGGUGCCAGAAGUAAUCUCAAUGUGAAUGCUGCUGGUAACCGAAAUAGGGAAGUUUUACAGAAAGAAAAGUCAACCAAAUCAGAGGGAAAACAUGAUGGUGUCUAUAGAGAACUGGUUGAUGAGAAAGCUCUGAAGCACAUAACAGAAAUGGGCUUUAGUAAGGAAGCAUCCAGACAAGCUCUUAUGGAUAAUAGCAACAACUUAGAAGCAGCAUUGAACGUACUUCUCACAAGCAAUAAACAGAAACCUGUUAUGGGUCCUCCUCUGAGAGGUAGAGGAAAAGGCAGGGGACGAAUAAGAUCUGAAGAUGAAGAGGACCUGGGAAAUGCAAGACCAUCAGCACCAAGCACAUUAUUUGAUUUCUUAGAAUCUAAAAUGGGAACUUUGAAUGUGGAAGAACCUAAAUCACAGCCACAGCAGCUUCAUCAGGGACAAUACAGAUCGUCAAAUACUGAGCAAAAUGGAGUAAAAGAUAAUAAUCAUCUGAGACAUCCUCCUCGAAAUGAUACCAGGCAGCCAAGAAAUGAAAAACCACCUCGUUUUCAAAGAGACUCCCAAAAUUCAAAGUCAGUUUUAGAAGGCAGUGGAUUACCUCGAAAUAGAGGUUCUGAAAGACCAAGUACUUCUUCAGCAUCUGAAGUAUGGGCCGAAGACAGAAUCAAAUGUGAUAGACCGUAUUCUAGAUAUGACAGAACUAAAGAUACUUCAUAUCCUUUAGGUUCUCAGCAUAGUGAUGGUGCUUUUAAAAAAAGAGAUAACUCUAUGCAAAGCAGAUCAGGAAAAGUUCCCUGCUUUGCAGAGGCAAAAGAAAAUCCACUUCCUCAAGAAUGUGUAGAUUAUAAUAAUCAAAAACGUGGGAAAAGAGAAAACCAAACAUCUAUUUCUGAUUAUUUUUAUGACAGGAAAUCACAAACAAUAAAUAAUGAAGCUUUCAGUGGUAUAAAAAUUGAAAAACAUUUUAAUGUAAAUACUGAUAAUCAGAAUCCAGUUCGAAGUAAUAGUUUCAUUGGUGUUCCAAAUGGAGAAGUAGAAAUGCCACUGAAAGGAAGACGAAUAGGACCUAUUAAGCCAGCAGGACCUGUCACAACUAUACCCUAUGAUGAUAAAAUAUUUUACAAUAGUGGGCCCAAAAGAAGAACUGGGCCAAUUAAGCCAGAAAAAAUACUAGAAUCAUCUAUUCCUAUGGAGUAUGCAAAAAUGUGGAAACCUGGAGAUGAAUGUUUUGCACUUUAUUGGGAGGACAACAAGUUUUACCGGGCAGAAGUUGAAGCCCUCCAUUCUUCGGGUAUGACAGCAGUUGUUAAAUUCACUGACUACGGAAACUAUGAAGAGGUGCUACUGAGCAAUAUCAAGCCCAUUCAGACAGAGGCAUGGGAGGAAGAAGGCACCUAUGACCAAACUCUGGAGUUCCGUAGGGGAGGUGAUGGCCAGCCAAGAAGAUCCACUCGGCCAACUCAACAAUUUUACCAACCACCCCGGGCUCGGAACUAAUAACGAAAAGGAAACUCUUUGUGAAGAAACAAGCCGGUGACUGAAACAUCCUGGUGGAAACCUGUUGACCUUCCACUUUCUCUUCAGAAUAAGUAGCAGCUGUGGUGGAUAUUAUUAUUUGAAGAAAGAAAAAGCAGAUUUUAGGGUGGAAAAAACAUUCAACUCACACAAAGAAUGGGAAAAAAUACUGAGUUAAAUAAAGCAAAUACUUUUUACAAGUGAAAGGAAGAAUUUUUCUUCUGCCAUCAAUAAAACCAUUGUGCUAUUAUUGU